ACCAACAUAAGACAGGCUUAUGUGCUCCUCGCCGCUCGAUUACCGGCUAGGGGUGCACAGCGUGACAGUCGGCGUUGAGUCCAUUCCAGCACUAGCUACACCAACAUGGGCGUGAUCAGCGUGCAGCUGGUGGUUACCAUGGUAAUGGCCAGCGUAAUUCAGAAGAUCAUACCUCACUACUCCUUUGCAAGAUGGCUCCUCUGCAGUGGCAGUCUGCGGUGGUAUCAACAUCCCACAGAUGAGGAGUUGAGGAAUCUGGCUGGAAAACCUCAGCAGAAGGGAGGGAAGAAUAAGAAGGACAGGAAGUACAACGGGCAUAUAGACAAUAAGCCACUCACCAUUCCUAAAGACAUUGAUCUGCAGCUGGAGACUAAGAAAAUCGCUGAAGUAGACACACUAGCCCUCCAUUAUUUUCCGGAGUUUCAGUGGUUGGUGGACUUCUCGGUUGCGGCCACGGUGGUGUAUUUGAUAACAGAGCUGUACUUUAGCUUGACUCAGCCCACUGGAGAAAUGAACAUCAGUGUGAUCUGGUGUCUUCUCGUCCUCGCUUUCGUCAUUAAGAUUCUCUUCUCUCUGACGGCGCAUUACUUUCAACUAGAAGAGGGAGGAGAGCGCUCUCUCUGCAUCACCUUCGCCUUCUUCUUCUUCGUCAAAGCCAUGGCCAUCCUCAUCGUCACUGAGAACUACCUGGAGUUUGGCCUGGAGACAGGUUUUGCUAAUUUUUCGGAAAGUGCUGUGCAGUUUCUGGAAAACCAAGGCCUGGAGUCACAGGGCCCUAUAUCCAAGCUGACCUUUAAGCUCAUCCUAGCUCUGCUCUGCUCUCUGAUUGGAGCAUUCCUCACCUUCCCUGGCCUGCGAUUGGCUCAGAUGCAUCUGGAUGCCCUCACUCUGACCACUGGCAAAGUCCCACAGACUUUGCUGCAUAUAAACUUCCUGGCGCCCCUCAUCAUGGUCCUGCUGUGGGUCAAACCCAUAACCAAGGACUACAUUAUGAACCCUACACUGGGGAAAGAAAGUGUGCCUUUGAUGUCCGAGCAGACGUAUGAUACGUUGCGUCUGUGGGUGAUUGUGCUGCUGUGUGGUCUGAGGUUGGCACUGAUGCGGCAACACCUCCAGGCAUACCUGAACCUGGCCCAGAAGGCCGUGCAGCAGAUGAAGAAAGAAGCUGGCCGCAUCAGCACUGUGGAACUCCAGAAGAUGGUUGCACGAGUUUUUUACUACCUGUGUGUGAUAGCUCUUCAGUAUGUGGCACCUCUUGUAAUGUUGCUUCACACGACAUUGCUGCUAAAAACCUUAGGUGGUCAUUCAUGGGGCUUUUACCCAGAACAGGAUGUGCCUUGCCCCUUACACGCAAACUCUGAGCCUGCUGCGGCUGGGCAGACGGAAGGAGACAUUUCCAAAUCCGUGGCCCAGCUCUCAAUAGCUCUGGGGGGUCUGAGGACCGUUUUCACCCCCCUGCUUUUCCGAGGACUCCUCUCUUUUCUUACUUGGUGGAUCGCUGCCUGUCUUUUCUCCACCUCGCUGUUUGGCCUCUUUUAUCACCAGUAUUUAAUGGCGGCAUAG